AGAACCUCUCCUCCCAGAAUCCCAUCCCUGCAUGCUCCCCACCCACCACUACCAUUAACCUAGUGAUGGAGAAGAGUGCAGGUCUGGGAGGUGAAUCCCCAGCCAAGAGCAGGAGCCAGGCAGGGAAGCAGGGGUGUGGCCAGGAUGGGGGCAGGGCCAAAGUCACAUACUUGACUGUGAAGUCUAGAAGGCCCCACUCCUGACAGGGUGACCUCCCCUGCGCAACGCCACACCUGGACAGAACGCAGCAUGAGGUGUCCUCUGGACGCCAGACCGGGCCACAGCUCUGCCUGGAAGGGGCUACUUCUAACAGGCAUCCUGAUCGCCUCCUGCACCUGUUCUGCCUCCUUGGAGCUGCCCGCCCCUGCAUCUCCAGAUGCCCUGACUGAAGGAGCCAGUGCCCGCCUGCCUGUCCCCGGAAGCCUGAAUGAUGUUCUCUCCACUUCUUGGUUCCGAGGGCACAAUGCCCAGCCAGAGACUAUGAUCUUCUCUCCUGAGGGCCUCCCGGAGCCCAAACAAACAAGCCAGGAGACGCCGGACACCCAAAGCAGCCUGAUCAUAGGAAACCUGACAGCUCAAGAAGCAGUGCUGGAAACCAACAGAGGACGCAGGAGUGCAACAGAGCAGAUAGCUGACCUGGCCAGCUCCAACGGCGUGAUGCUGCUGACAUUCCCCUACGACUCUGAGGGCGUUAUCCAGAGUGACCUAAACUACUCAGUGAUCCUGGAGUGUCUGGCUUCUUCCAUCACCCCCAAACCUGUGCUGCACUGGACCUUCAAUGGGGAGCCCUACCAGACUGGGGCUAGGCUGAUCAUCCGGAGGCUGUCCUGGGAGCAUCUGGGCACCUACGUGUGCACAGCCAAGAACAGCCAGGGACAGUACUCCUCCUCUCCUGUGACCCUCGCGCUGCCACAAGACAACGUGGAUCCCACAGACGCUGAGCCCAUCGAGCCAGACCCCGUCCUCUCUGUGUCAGGAGGAGGUGCCAUUGCCCUCCUCGUGGCUGGAAAUGUGGGGGCCGCGAUGCUGAUAGGAGGCAUAGGCUUCAUCAUUGUCCAAAGCAUAAGGUCUAACAGACAAAGAAUACGGUCAUGCUGCUGAAGUGGGCCCUUGUCUGUCAGCAUCAGAGGUGAUGCUGGGAAGGGCAACGAGAGCAUCCUGGGGCUGGGACAAGAUGAAGUUCCUGGAGGCUCCAGAUGAGACCUCCUCCGUCCUGAUGAUUUGUCUUUGGGAUGUCCCCAUCUUGCUGAGAGUCCCAGAGACUGCCUUUCUCUCCCUCACCCCAGCUGCCGGUGCUCCAUCUGCCUAGCUCACCAAAUCCCUGGAAGCCACCUACACAAGUAGUCCAUACUUCAUAAAAUUCAUGGGCUGAAAGCAAAGGAUACUUCCUUAAGUGGUUCAAUAAAAACAAAAGGAGGAAUUUAAUACAAGGAUCUGGGAAGAUUUACAAAACUAAGGACCUAUCAGCUAGCACUUGCUGUGUAACAAACUACCUCUCCCCCUCCCCGACCCCCAGUUUAAUGGCUUGAAAAGACAGCCAUGGGUUUAGCUUACAAUUUUUGUACAAUUUUGGGCUGCGUUCAGCUGAGCCGUUCUUCUGGUCUCUGUUGGGCCCACUCAUGCACCUGUGAUGAGUUGGCAGUCACCCAGGGACUGUCUGGACUAGGACAAUUGUCUGGAAUAAUUCACCUGUCCUCCACAUCAUCUCUCAUUCUGUAGCAGGCCGACCCAAGCUUGUUCACAUGAUAGAGGGAGGAUUCCAGGAGUAAGAGCAGAGGGGCAGUGCCUCUGAAGGCCAAGGUUAAGAAUGGCAGUCA